AUGUUACAGUACAUUGUUUUGUUUCUUGUGACUUUGGUAGCACUUUUACCGAGUGGAUGCGAGUCUUCAGUUGUCAAGCUCACAACACACGACUUUGAUGCUUACACAGGCAAAUAUGAGCUCGUCUUUCUCAACUUUUACGCCGACUGGUGUCGGUUCAGUCAGAUGUUGGCGCCCAUUUUCGAAGAGGCUGCUAAUAAGGCAGCGCUAGAGUUUCCUGAUGAAGGCAAGGUCCUCUUUGGAAAAGUUGACUGCGAAGUGGAAACGACUCUAGGAACCCGAUUUCACAUUACCAAAUACCCAACGCUCAAACUGAUGAUGAACGGCAAGAUUUACAAGCGCGAAUUUAGAGGCCAGCGGUCCGCCGACGCGAUGGUCACCUACAUUCGUGAUCUGCUGAAGGACCCCACUAAUUUGAUCACCAAUUACGAGGAGUUCAAUGACAAAAUUGACGAACACAAGCCAGCCGUCGUUGCCUACGUCACGGGCGACAAGGCCGCUCAAGUUAGCAAAGAGUUUGUACUCUUCAAAAAGGUGGCCCGUGAUCUCCGCGAUGACUGCCGCUUCUACUGGGUCACUGGCUCGCCGGCAGAAGGUCACCUGGGCGGCAGUGGAAAGGAAGUGUCCAUUCGCUUCAAGCCUCCACGCUCACGACCGCAGAGUGAUAACCUCGAGUUUCCGAGUCAGCUGCAGAGCUACGACGAGUUCAGCACUUGGUCGACGGACAAAUGCAUUCCACUGGUGCGGGAGAUCACAUUUGAAAACGCCGAAGAGCUCACCGAAGAGGGGCUGCCAUUUGUGAUUCUGUUCCACCACCCCGACGACAAAAAGUCAGUGGAAGUGUACAAUAGUGUGGUGAACCAGGAGCUGAUUAGUGAAAGUGGCCAGGUGAACUUUCUCAUCGCCGACGGCAUCAAGUUUGCUCAUCCACUGCAGCAUCUGGGCAAAUCGUCCAAGGACCUGCCGCUGGUGGCCAUUGACAGCUUCCGCCACAUGUACAUGUUUCCUCAUUUCGAAGAUAUUAG